AUGUUUGGACAGUUGAAGGCACCUGGCACAUCUGGUAACCCCAGUCCUACCCUACCAGCUUAUGAAGGUGGUUUUUUCUUUGCUGUCAUGGUUGCUAGUCAGGAUUUACAAGCAUGGAUAAUAGACUCUGGAGCCUAUGAUCAUAUGACUGGAAACAAGGAUCAAAGAGCGGACCAUCUUGAGGUAGCAUACAAUAUACUCAAGUAUUUGAAAAAGACCCUGAGACAUGAUUUUAUUCUCAGAAAACCUGAGAAUAAAACAGUAAAGGUGUUUACUGAUACAAGUUGGGUUGGAGAACUAACUAAUAGAAGAUCAAUCAGUGAUUAUUGCUCAUUUGUGUGGGAUAAUCUUAUGACCUGGAGGAGCAAGAAGCAAACUGAUGUGGCUAGAAACAGUGCUGAGGCAAAUUAUAGAGCAUUAACACUUAGAAUCUGCGAAAGAAUAUGGCUCAAAAUAUUACUAGAGAAGUUACAGCUGCACCGAGAGGAGAAGCUUGAAAUCUUAAGUGGUAAUCAAUCUACCAUUAGGAUUGCCAAGAAUCCAAUCCACCAUGAUAGAACAAAACGUGCUGAACUUGAUAAACACUUAAUCUCAGAAGAGGUCAACGAAGGUCUGCAAAACUGA